UAAUUAUGCUGCAUUGCCUGAUUUAUUUAUACGUGACCCAGCGCACUUGAUUCCGAUCCAAAUUACACGCAACGAACUCGACUCGGCGAGACCGCUGGCUGGUCCCUCUGUGUGUCGGAGUGUCCAUCAUACCUGGCGGUGGCCGCCCCCAUUAAUCACCGUCUGAAGGGGGGCAAAAUGGUAUUCAGGAAUUAACAGGUACGAAAAGGGAAAACGGAAAAAAAAAAGAGGGUUAAGAGGAAAAGAUUUGGUCGAGCAAUUAAGGAUUGUCGUUCCGUUUUCUUCUGCUUGCUUCUCUCUCUAUAUAACCCAGAGGAAGGUUGCGGAGGAGGAAAAUGAGAUAGCGGUACCUUGUCGCCAUUGAGUUAUCCUUCCUUCCGUCGGCGUCCAUCCCUCUCCUCCUGCAACCCUAAGCGAAGAGCGGGGAACGUCGUGGCGGAGGAAUUUCGUUAGGUUUUCUGUUUCUCUAAAAGGGAAUUCUUGGGAAUUUUCUUGUAUUCAGUGUGCUCAUAUGAAGAAAUGUUCACUGAGAUUUAAGCCGUAAAGGAUAUAUUUCAGACCAGGACAUAGUUUUUUUUUGCAUGGAUUGGUGCAAAGCAUGAACAGAAUCUAACAAGUCAAUGAGUCAAUCCAGUAACCAAGACACAGGAUUUUCUUUCUCAUUACCUUCUCCUUUAGAAGUCACAUUUAUGGAAUGAAUGCUUUUGGUAUCAAAGUUGAGUUCAGUUUGCUAUUUUCUACCAAUUUAUUGUGUUGAUUUUCUACCCUAUUUACCAUCUAUAUACUCAAUUCAGCCAAUUAUAUUGAUAUCGUAAGAGUUGUGUCGUCCAAUCAUUUCAUCUUGACUGAUACAUUGUACACAAGAGACUUUUUCGUCUUUAUUGAAUACUGCAAGUACUAAUUCCCAGUUAGUUUUGAGUUGAAUUGAUUGUUGUUGCUAUUCAACAGCCAAUAGUGGAGAUUCUACUAGCUAAAUUUCUUCUAAGAUUCACUGAUGGUAUUACAGAAUCACCAAUUACCAUUUUCUAUUUAAAUGCAAACUAAGGUAUAAAUACAACUAUUCAUAUCCUUGGUUUAUGGAUAUCCUUGUUUUAGGGCUAUUUAGCUUCACCUCAGUGACAUCUUUGAUUUUGCCUCUUUGAGGCUGAUUGAGUGCUGACUGUUGCAUAUCUUCGUCCAUACACAUUCAUCUGUCAAAAUGAAACAGAGAACUUUCAAUAAAUCAAUUCCAAGGCACUCAAUCAGCCUUCCAGUCAGUUUCACUUGCCAGAUUUUGUUCAAUUUGUGAAUGUGUUUUGUUGAUCUGAAGAAUAAGGAAUCAAUUACCUGUGGUGCGUGCUGGUAUUUUUGCAGUCCUAUGGAGAAAUGCCUCAUCUUUUACAAUCCUGGAGGGAGACUUAUCAUAUGCUAUAAAUACAUGUGUUAAUCUCAUUUCUUGUUUGAAGAGUGGUUCAUUCUCUGAGAACCUUUCUAGAGUCAAAACUGAUAGUAGAACUCAGGAAUAAUUAUGUACUGAAUGUAUGUAAAUUAAACUCUAAAACAUUUUUCAGUAUACUAAUCACAAGAUGUCUUUAAAUGUUGGAAACCUAUGUAUUGAUUUUCUAAAUGUGUAACCUUUAUUUGGUUAAACCAAUUUACAUUCCUUGCAUACCAAGUGACAUGCAGAGUUGAAUUUUCCUAAAAUAUUGAUCAUCUAGCUUUUUAUUACAAGUUUCGUGUUACACUCAAGGAGGAAGUUCACAUUAGACUAUGUUGCUAAUUUGAUAUGUAGAAUGAAGACUGAAGACUCAACUGCUUCUGAUUAUAGGGUCAGGAUGUUUAGGUGAUUCACCAUGAAGCAAUCUUUUUUUUUUUUAAAAAAAGAUUUAGAUAAAAUGAGUAUUAUGCUUCCACUAAAAGAUGGUUCAGCCAACUUAUAUGCUCCAAUACUUAUACUCUUAAUUUACCACCUUCCAAGUUGCAUUUGAUAUCAACAAUUGGACACCCAUAUUUCAAGUGGAAACCCUUGAUAUUUCUAUUGACCACAUGUAAUACGGUGUUAAGCCCUUCAAUCCACACCUGUGUUAGAUAAUCGUAUCAAGUCCAAGUAGCAUAGCUUAUAAGUGUUUGUUAAGAUUGCACCUUGUAGAUUGUGAAACAUGUUGGCUGUAGUUUGAUGGUUGCGAAGGAUGUUUCUAUGUUUAUACGAAUUGAGUCUUUGUCAUGAUAAUAUGAUUUAUUUAUUACCAAAUGUAUUUUCUCAUCAUGCAUGCCUUUUACCUAUCCUCAGUUGAGUAGCAUUCUAUGUUGCAGCAGGUUCUGUAGUAUAGCUAACAGACCCCAUUUUAAUAAGUGUUGAGAGAGAUGAAUUGUUGGCCUAACUCCUUAAGCUACUCAUUAGUCAUAGUUGUUUCUUGUCUGAAUGAACCUUGUAACACAACUGAAACUCUGCAACAUUUAAUUGAUUCCACUUUGUUACAAUCACUUUUUUUUUCUGGUCCUGAGAUAAAGCAGCAACCUUAAAGUUUCAAUUCAUUGUAACUACUUCGGAAUCACUACCAUAACAACAACAAUUAGUCUGAAGACAACUAAUGAAUUACUACCAGAAAUGCCUAGAAGGAACUGUUCAAAGGAACUAGUCGAUUGCCAGAUAAAAAUAAUUUAAAUUAGGUUUUGAAGGCAUUUUCUCUUCAUAUGACAACUAAAGCAUAACCACAUAUGUCACAGGAGUCAUUCCUAAUAUGUUACUGCAUCUUAAAUUGGCCUCAGGCUACAUAAUUGAUCUGAUUUUUGUUUAGCUAGACUUGUGCCUUGGUUUGUGUUAAGGAUUGUAAUACUGAUCUUGAAAUAAAGAACAGAGGUUUGUGCAUGAGGAACUUUGCAAUGUCAAGACAGAACUUUCAGAUGGAUAAUUUGAGUUACAAUGGAGUUGGUAGAGGUUAUUGUUUGAAAGAGACUGGGUAGGGCUUACUAGUAGGAUGCUUUGUUGCUUUCUUACCUCCACUGUGAUAAUUGAAUUAUUGAUAUUAUGAAUGAUCUUUGGCCCCAAAGUUUCUACUGUUUAUAUGUUAAAUAUAUCAUUAUAAUAUUAUAUUAAAGUUUCUUUUAUGAUAAAUGGUGUCUUGAGUCUUUCCCUCCUGGUCACUACUAACAUUCAGUAAAAUAUUUCAAGAUAAAACUGCUCUUAGGACACUGAACAUCUUCAUGAAUUGGUAUCCAAACUCUCCAUUUUGACCUUUCAUCAUAACCUAUAUUAUUUGGAGGAGAGGUGGAAGUUCAUGGUUCUAAUUUGUGUUAAAGUCCUCUGUUAAGUGUAUGAACUAUCUGACUUUGGGUAUUAAGAAAAAUUCUCUCUCUCUCUCUCUACUUUGCUUUAAGUCAAACAAGCUUUCUGCAAAGAAUUAACUGCAUAUGGUGGUGACCGACUUUGCAAGUUUAUCCUUGUUCUUCCAGACCAAGAAAUUUUCCCAUUAUCCAGUUGCUAAAACACUGGUUUUCUCUCAGCAGAUCUCCUUUUAGCUAAUAUCACAAAGCAUCUGCUAGUACAAAAUCUCCUGUGCAAUAAAUUUUAGAUGCCAGAGAUGGAGCAUAAUGAAGCCUGUAAUCAUCCUCAAAAUCACGCUUGCUCGAGCUCAGCAGCAGCCAUGGCCAAUUCCACUGCUUCUGAAUUUGCAACAAGAGCUACUGAUCAUCCAUCAUCUAGUUUCAUUUCAGCAUUUCCAACCUGUUUUCCUACUAAUGCCGGAUCAUCAAAUAACUCAUAUGUGAACAUGUCUAGUGGAGGUUUUACAAGCUUUCCUCCCAACCAAGUCCCACACUGGCCACCUCCUUAUAAUCAACCUCUCAGCGGCAAUGGAUGCAGCACCAGUUAUCCUCAUAUUGACUACAGAAUGGUUGCCUUCAAACGGAAAAGCCCAACUAUACCUCUUGAUGGUGAAACUAAUGUUGCUAGGUAUCCCCAAGUUGGAAGUUCUAUGAAUCAUCCCUCUCACCGUGUUAGUAUAGAACCAAAUAUUCCUCCACCUCCUGAAAACUUGCCUUUGAACACUAUUAGCAUGCCUGCCAGUCAUAGUAGCGAUGACAAUCUUCCUGGUGAAGGAUCACAAAGGAAUGUGAGAAGCCGACAUAGUGAAGAAUUUCAGACACAGUGCAAUCCAGCUUGGUACUAUGCAUCAAGAGAUACUGCAUAUGCUCUUUAUGGGUCAAAUGAUGCAAUGUCAGGCUCAAGAAUGACUCAGCAGUGGAGUCAGUUUCCUGCACACAUGGUUCCUCAUGGAUGGUUUCCAACUUCAGAUGCUAUUUCUUUUCACCAUAGACUGAACCAACCCAUCGCUAGAGACAGUACAAGUGCCACCAAUGGUGCUUAUCAUCAUCUCGUUCAAAAUAGAAAUCAAAGUGCUCCUGCGUCAGCUCUUCAAUUCCCUUCCAUGCUAAAUAUGGUGCCAACCCAAAGUGCCAAUGGCCACAACUAUUCUUUUAUUCCUUAUAACAACAGAGCUGUUGGAGCACAGGUAGGAGUGGAAGCAGCUGCAUCUUCCAGAUCUCUAAGGCCACUACCCAUUAUACAACAUACAAGCCAUGGGGUCAGUGCAAGAGGCUCUCAUCAGAGGUCUAAUUUGAUGACUCAUAGACGGAACACCCCCAAUAGAUGGGCACCUGAGAGUGCUUUUAUGGCUGGCUGGUUGGCCUUCUACGACACUGCAAACCUACAUGAUCAGCACAGAGACAUGAGAUUGGAUAUAGAUGACAUGAGCUAUGAGGAACUACUUGCCUUGGGAGAAAGGAUAGGAAAUGUCAGUACGGGCUUGUCAGAAGAGGCCGUAUCAAGCUGCAUGGUUGAGACGGUUCAUCAUUCUUGUCCACGAAUACAGGAUGAAGGAAAGUGUGCCGUAUGCUUGGAGGAAUACGACGACAAUGAAAAAUUGGGAAGGCUGAAAUGUGGACACGAUUACCAUAUUUGCUGCAUCUCGCACUGGCUGAAAACGAAGAACAUUUGCCCAAUCUGCAGGGUGCCUGCUUCCACUGAUGCUUCCGACAAGUAGUGGUUUCUUUACAAAUAAGCUCAGUUAGGCAUGUUAUUUUGUUCUUGUAAACUCCUAAGGAUGUAUAACAGUUUCACUGUCAAUUUGUAAAUAUGGUCCCAAAAUUCUUUCUUUCAA